CACACACACACACACACACACACACACACACACACACACACACGGGCAGCGUGUGCCCGGAGCGGCCCGUCAGUUUGGGCAGAGCCACAGUGAGGUGAGGGCCAUCCUCGUGGGCACCCAGGCCAGUGAUGAAGCGGUGCCACACUGAAGCGGUGCCACAGUGAAGCGGUGCCACAGUGAAGCAGUGCCACAGUGAAGCAGUGCCACAGUGAAGCAGUGCCACAGUGAGGGGACACAUAAUGAGACAUGAAGCUGGUGCCCCAAAUUAGUGACUCUUGAGGGCACACAGCACUAACACUUUCUUCAAUAACACGGCACUCGGGUCACCAUGGCAUGUUAAAUCCUUCUCUCCCACACACACACACACACACACACACACACACACACACACACACACACACACACACACACACACACACACACACACACACACACACACACACCAACUACACCCAACUUGACACCAAACAUCUCAAAUGAAUCACAAUCUCGUAUUUGCUGGUGUAGUCUAUCGCGGCUCAAACUACCAUACAACUCGGUGCUCUGUUAUGAUAACUACCGAUAGACAGCACGAGCUACAGGUCCUAUGAUAAACGAUAGUUAACCGCCUCAGACUACCCCACAACUCGUUGUGUGUUAACUAUAGACUGUCCCGAGUGCCACUGGUCCUAUGAUAAACGAUACUAAGUGACUUGAGACAACAUGAGCACCUGAGGACAAGUUGAACACACAAUCCAACUCUUCUCGCACCAUCGCGAAUUAGCAAAUCCAUGAUGUGUCAGCACUAACAUCAGUGUUCCCUGCUCCCUGCGGCAGACAUGACCACCAACGCCAUACGAGGCAUCAGGAGGAAGAAGUCAUCUUUAUCAGAGGUGAAGAUCGCUGUGCUGGGCGCCCCGGGGGUCGGCAAGAGUGCUCUGAUCGUCAGAUUUCUCACUAAGAGAUAUAUUGGGGAAUACGACCACCAGGCAGAACAGAGGUACAGGAACGAGAUCCUGGUGGAUGGGGAGCCCGUCCUGUUUGAGAUCCUGGACACCUGUAACAAGAACAGCGAGGCGGUGCCGUCGCAAGAGACCAUCAGCUGGGCGGACGGGUUCCUGCUCGUGUACUCCAUUACUGACCGUCACAGCUUCAACUGGGUCAAGAGGGUGCGACUCCACAUCUCCGAGAGGAAGGCCAGUGGGCGUGCGGGCGGCCUGGGCGGCAGUGCCACCCUCACGCCCACGCCGCACACACCUGGGGGCGGCGUGGGAGGGGAUGUGUCUCCCACGCUAGGUCCCCCCAUGGUCCUGCUAGCUAACAAGGCAGAUAUGGUUCACCUUCGGCAGGUCUCCACAGAGGAAGGGGAGAUCCUGGCGAAGGACGUGGAGUGCUAUUUUAGCGAAGUAGCAGCAUCGGAACAUGUGUUGCAGGUGGCUACCGCCUUCCACGAGGUCUUCAAGGAGGUGCAGAACGUCCGCAAGAGGAGCAAGACGUCGCUGCUGGACCGCGUCCUGGGCACCAAGGCCACCAGGAUCUACGUCCGAGGCAAGAGUGACUCGGCGCUGCCCAAGGACUGACUAUUGAAGCUCUUGUUGUAGGACUUCGAGCGGCCUGGUCCCUGAAGUCAGUGGGUCCUUCGGCACGGGAACUCACCGUCCUCAAUGUUCAUUUGUAUCGGUUGUUGCUGGUCCUUGGCUGACUGGAAGUGUUGGUGGCGGUAGUUGUAACUCCUGGGUUGUGGUACAAGGCUGGAGGUGGUGGUAGAUAUAACUCCUGGGUUGUGGUACAAGGUCUGGAGGCGGUGGUAGAUAUAACUCCUGGGUUGUGGUACAAGGUCUGGAGGUGGUGGUACAUAACUCCUGGGUUGUGGUACAAGGCUGGAGGUGGUGGUAGACAUAACUCCUGGGUUGUGGUACAAGGCUGGAGGUGGUGGUAGACAUAACUCCUGGGUUGUGGUACAAGGUCUGGAGGUGGUGGUAGAUAUAACUCCUGGGUUGUGGUACAAGGUCUGGAGGUGGUGGUAGACAUAACUCCUGGGUUGUGGUACAAGGCUGGAGGUGGCGGUAGACAUAACUCCUGGGUUGUGGUACAAGGCUGGAGGUGGUGGUAGAUAUAACUCCUGGGUUGUGGUACAAGGCUGGAGGUGGUGGUAGACAUAACUCCUGGAUUGCAAGGCUUCACAUAUACCCUGGUAACUGCAGCACAUGUAUGCACAUGUAGAGGUCUUCAUGAGCAGUACGAGGACUAUAAUCUAUUGGUCCUGGGUUCGAUCCCCGGCCGGGCCACACGUUGCUCCCCCUCACACAAUUGUUCUCCCAGGGUGAACAUUUGUGACUGUAAGCCUUCCCAGGCCUCCCUGGGGUUGGUAAGGUGCGUUGAUACACACACACACACACACACACACACACACACACACACACACACACACACACACACACACACACACACACACACACAGUGUACACCACCAAUCCCUCUCUUAAUUGACCAACAUAUAAUUACUAUUGUGUGUUUUCAUUGUUAAAU